CCUGGAGGCGCUGUUCCUCUCGUGUCCGGUGGGUGGCGGUAUGUCUGCGGGAACGCAUCUACAUACAGCAACACAGAAGAAGAAGACGAAGCGCUUUAUUUACUUUUGUUGUCAUCUAAAGCACUUCUUUUAUUUUUUUAUUUCAGACAUUACAUUUCCAUUCUUGACUUCAAUCGAGACAGAAUCCGUUGUAGGGCUGAGAGAGUGGUUUGUUGUAGCUCUGUUUCUGAGGGCAGCGGGUAGCGGAUCAUUAUUGAUGGCAGAGGGCAGCAGUAAUCUGAGCAGUGCUCCUCCAGGAGACCCGCAGCUCAUCGAGCUCAUAGUGCAGCACCUGAAGAACAGAGGCCUGUUUGAUGAGUUCAGACGAGACUGUCUGGCAGACGUGGACACGAAGCCAGCUUAUCAAAAUCUGCGACAGAAGGUGGACAACUUUGUGUCCAAUCAUCUCAGUACUCAAGAAUGGAGUCCGUCCAUCAACAAGAACCAAGUGAGGAAUGUCUUGAGACGAAGCGUAGUUCAGUCAGGGAUGUUGGAAUCAGGGGUGGACCGUAUCAUUACUCAGGUGGUGGACCCUAAAUUAAACCAUAUCUUCAGACCACACAUCGAGGAUGCCAUUCAUGAUUUCCUAGCCACAGAGAAGAAAGAAGAGGGUGCAUCAAAUUCAGCCCCUGAUGCUGAGCAACAGGAAAUGACUAGCCACACUGCAGCCAAAACACAAUCUGCGCUGCUCCCUCCGCCUCGUGUGCUUCAUUCUUCGUUCAAAAUAUUCGCAGUUUUAGACAGCGCUAUCAUCAUCGCACGAGACAUGCGUGUGCAACUGACUAUAGGAGUGUUAAUUUUGUUUUUGGCGGUGCGGCAAACACACGCGACUGAUUCCAGCAGCGCUCAUGACACCUCACAAGAGAGAUCACUGAACAUCCAGAAGAGAAGACUCUCUCUGCAGAACACAGCGGAGAUUCAGCAGUGUCUGGUGAACGCAGGGGAUGUAGGCUGUGGGAUGUUCGAGUGCUUCAACAACAACUCCUGCGAAAUCCGUGGACUACACAACAUCUGCAUGACGUUCCUUCACAACGCUGGCAAAUUUGACUCCCAGGGAAAAUCAUUCAUCAAAGAUGCGCUGAAAUGCAUGGCCCAUGGACUUCGCCACAAGUUCAGCUGCGUCAGCCGCAAGUGUCUGGCCGUGAAAGAGAUGGUGUUCCAGCUGCAGCGCGAGUGUUACGUCAAACACAACCUCUGCUCUGCCGUGAGGGAAAACGUCAAUGUCAUGGUGGAGAUGAUCCACUUCAAGGACCUGUUUCCUAAAGGGCCCCAUGUGGAGUUAGUAAACAUCCUGCUGGGAUGCGGCGAGGAGGUGCGCGUCGCCAUCGCCCGCCGAAUACGAACUCAGUGCGAGCAGAACUGGGGAGCUCUCUGCGGGAGUCUGAGUCUCUGUGCCCUUGGAAAGGUGGAGAACCAGGCCGGUUCCACCCUCGCCCCUGUCCCAGACAUCACCACCCCCCCGGGAGCCAGCAGCAACUCCCUCCCUCCUGCGAGCCCGCGUCUCCCUGAGGCUGACGGGGAAACGGUCUGGACACUCACAGAAGAUGGAAAUCAGUCCUCAGGUCCUCAAGAUAACGCCUCUGAUGCCGAAAAAGAGCUAAAGAGGUCUCUGAAUGCCACCAAAAGGAGGUGAAGGGAAGCGGGUUCUCGGUGCCUUUAGCCCACACGUCCAAAAAGGCUCAUUCACUGCUCUCCUUCCCUGCCUCUCUCAAGGACAAAUAAGCUGCAGUCUCCAGUGCUUCUAUAAGAGCACCAGCGACGACAGGGUAUUUCAUUGUGACGUUACAUUUAGAGCUGUCAUUCUG